AUGCAAUGCUACCACUGUCCAAAACGCUUCUUCGAUAGGAGCGAAUUCGACAUUCAUCGAACAUCGCAUAGUGACCGCCAGCGAGAAAUCAGAGACCCGAAUACCGAGAUAGGAGCCUUCCUCCAGUCACACCCUUCAGCAGGGCCGCGGAAAUCCGUUCUACAAGCUUCAACGUUGCUGUCACAAUGGAGGGAUUUUGGAUCAGAUGAACAACAUGGGAUGAAGACCGACAUCAAAAACUUUCAGGGUGUCCUACGAAAAUUCCCGCCGAGGUCGAACAAGGAGGGCUCUGCGGUUGAGCUCAAAGAUGCUGUUUGCAGUGAUUGCGAUGCUAUUUUCUCGUCCCGGGCGGAGCUGGACAGCCAUCGUUUCACAAAGUUUUGUCCAGGUGCAGCCAUUGUUGUCCAUGUCAUGAUGAAGGAUAAUCUCAUUAAUAAAGGCUAUCGAAUCGAGCAAAGGCUGGUUCCUUUGGAAGGUCGCCCCCUGCGAGUCCCCUGCAGCAAAUGCACAGAUGUGUUUUCUGACGACGAAGCAAAAGAUGCACACGAAAGCCUGCAUCAAUCGGACGACCUCACAUGCUUUCAAUGUGACCGACAAUGCGACACCGCAUACGAGCUAAAAUUACAUUAUGAAUAUCACGAAGACAUGGAAUUUCGACAGCUCAAGAAGGAGGCAAUAUCCGGCCACAAGAGGGCUUCCAGCCAUCCACAGAUGAUGCCGUCGAUGUCUGUGCCUCUUAGCCCUACUGAAAAUGCUUUAAGAAAGCUACAUAAGAGGAAAUCACAACGAAUCUUGAAUUCGUGGCCUCUUAAAAAGUCAGGACAUGGAGAGGAUGGAGAAAUCGUGGCGCUCUCCUUCUCAGUUCCUGAAGACAUAGAAAGAGUGCAUGCAGCAGAAGGAGCCCUUCAAGAGAUCGAGCCCAACGAUAUACUUGAUUUUCCCGUUACCCAGCUUGCGACGUGGUUAGAUACUCGUGAUUCUGAUGAAAAGUAUACACUGUCAACAAUGUACGAAGACAAGGAGAAUUUUCAAGAAAAGAGUGAAUUGCCCCCUCAAGAAAGUCAAGAAAAUUCUGUUCCUCGUCGCAUGUCUCUUCUGAGAUCUGUUCUUGGUUUGAAGUUUCCCAAGAGAUUGUCAAGAUCAGACUCAGUCACAAGCCAACCUAGAAAGCUCAUGAAAAAAGAAAAUUCAGUGCGUUUCUCACUCGUAUCAAAGUCGAGAAAAGGCGAAAUUACACCUAGCCGGACUGAGAGUCGUGCUAGUAGCCACUUGACGGAGCAACAAAAUGGAGGCUUCAAGAUUUACUCUCCACAAGAUAUCGAAGGGGAUCGCAGUCCGUUUGUUCAUAUGCGAGUACUUUCCGAUGGUGUCAUUGUCGAAGACGUUUCGGGCAGACAACGCGUACUCCCAAUGGAUCAAAUAGCAUACAUCUAUUCUAUUAUCAGCGCCGACUCAUCAUCGAUUCCAGUCAAAUCGAAAAUUAGCACACUCCAGUCUCGAGCCGAGCUUAGUUUACAAGCCGGGCAUUUGACAACUGCGAUAUCAACUUACAAGGAAGUCUUGGAAAUUCUCCUCCAAUAUCGGACGCUGGAUACCGACUUGCGAAUCAAAGCAGGGGUUUUACAUCGAAUUGGCUUCGUAUAUAGCGCCAUCGGAUCAGCAGGGGAAUCGGAGUAUUACUUUUUGAAGGCGCUGGCAAUUUUUAGGAGGUUACAUGGCCGCGACAAUGCCGUGAUAUACAAUGUGUUGAACGAUAUUGCCAAACUUUGCGAGAGAGAUGGUUACGCGACAGAAGCAUCCGCCCUGUACGAACGAGUACUUGCCGGUCGAUUACGAGUUCUCGGCCAAAAUGCGCCUGAUACUUUGAGCUCCAUGCAGGAACUAGCGAAUAUCAAAAUCAACCUUGGAGAUCUGGAGUCUGCCCUUGAGAUUUUUGAGCACGCUGUUCCCGCAUUUGAGGUGGUAUUUGGCCUUCAAAGCGAAACCACCCUUGAGGCGAUGAAUCAUAUGUCUAUACUUUAUCAAAAACUCGGUUUGAAUGACCAAUCCCUGGCGAUGUCACAGAAGAUGUUACCCUACUGCAAGACAGUGGUAGGAUUUGACAGUUCUCUCACUAGAAAUACCGUGAUGAGAUAUCUGGAAGACUCGGAAAAUUUUGACUUCUCUGCCGAUGUCAAGCUAAUUAUUGAACAUUACCGACGCUCUCGAUUGACAGCAAAUUACCGUGUUUUACAGACCCUGGGGCGUGCAUAUAUGGAUUCCGGACUGAAUCGAGAUGCAUGCGACUUGUUUGUUUUUCUUUUUGAAGAAACGAGUACCCUGAAGGGACAAGAAUCUUUAGAAUCUUUUGAUGCAUUGAGCGCGUUAUGUGUGACUUUGGAGCACCUCGGACACCUGGACGAAGCUAUUAAGAACUAUGGAAAUCUGUUACAACUCGCGAAUAAAACACCCUUGGACCAUCCAUCGCGCUCACGUAUGGACUACUCGAGGAAACGAGUCACGGAUCUGAUUCAUAGACGAGAAAUUCUGACUGCAGAAAAGCGAGCAUGGGGCCUUUAUGAGGAUGGCACGUGCAUAACUUGCCAGAGCAAGACGGCCUCUCUUUGCAACACUUGUCAUAUUGUCCGUUUUUGCAGCGUUCAAUGCCACGACAGAAGUCUGACCACGCAUGCCUCGUCUUGCAUUCCCUCGAUUACUCUUCGUGAAUCGAAAUCCGUUGCAAUUGCACCACGAUGUCCCUCUCCCGUGCAGCAAGAUGCACUGGAUAUGAUUCUCCCAAGUGAAAAAUCCAAUACAUCGCCCAGCAUCACUGCCAGUCACACGGUUUAUCUGGACCCUCGAAACUUUACCACAUUUCGGAUGAAACUUAGUUCUACCGUCAACACUCUACUUGUAUUCUCUCCAGAUGCUGAUAUCCGCUACACGAUAAUCGGGAAUAUUUCCGAAUGCGGCACUGACCAAGUCACCUUGCCAUCAAACUCUGUAUUGACGACAGGGAAAAGGAGGGCAUCAAGCAAAGUUACCACUAAACUUUCCAGCUCCAAUACAGAGUGGCUUACACCUUCUGUGCAAGAGUCAGUCUCAAUAACACCAAUGGAGAAGUCGGCUCCGAUUUAUCUAGUUGUUGCUCCGGGAGAGCAGAUGAUGAAAAACCUUGUUGAAAAGCGUGUCAAUGCUCGGAGUGGAGGCGGUGAAAAGGAGCGUUUUGAAGCUUUGAGCAUUCCAAACGAUGAUUUAAUUGAGUAUGCUCAGGGCCUUCUAAUGAACGGAUAUAUGGGGGAGGCUUUCUUGUAUAUUGUUGGCUGGGUUUGA